CUAUUAAUUCAUGGCUCCCAUGGGAGACAAUGUUGUUGUGUCCAACAUGGAACUGGAGAGGUUGCUUAGCAUGAAAGGAGGCAGAGGAGAGGCCAGCUAUGCCAACAAUUCCCAAGCACAGGCCAUACAUGCCAAGUCCAUGCUUCAUCUUCUGAAGGAAGCCCUAGACAGAGUUGAGCUUCAUGGUGGUGACACGGCAUUUGUGGUGGUGGACUUGGGGUGUUCAUGUGGCAGAAACACCAUCAACGUGGUGGAUGUGAUAAUCAAACACAUGAUAAAGCGUUAUGAGGCCUUAGGGUGUUACCCACCUGAGUUUUCUGCUUUCUUCUCAGACCUUCCAAGCAAUGACUUCAACACACUCUUUCAACUCCUUCCUCCACUAGCCAACCAUGGCGUUAGCAUGGAAGAGUGUCUUGCUGCCAACAACUACCGCUCCUACUUUGCCGCCGGAGUUCCCGGUUCUUUCUACCGGAGACUUUUUCCGGCGAGGUCCGUUGAUGUUUUCCACUCAGCCUUUUCUUUGCAUUGGUUAUCUCAGGUCCCAGAAUCUGUGCUGGACAAGAGGUCAAGUGCAUACAACAAAGGGAAGGUGUUUAUACAUGGUGCUGAUGAGAGCACAGGAAAUGCCUACAAGAAACAAUUCCAAACAGACUUAGCAGGCUUUUUGAGUGCAAGGUCAGUGGAGAUGAAGAGAGGGGGGUCCAUGUUCUUAGUUUGCCUGGGUAGGACUUCAGUGGACCCCACAGACCAAGGUGGGCCUGCCCUUCUUUUUGGGACCCACUUUCAGGAUGCUUGGGAUGAUCUUGUCCAAGAGGGAUUAAUUAGCCAAGAAAAACGAGACAGGUUUAACAUUCCAGUUUAUGCAGCAAGUCUGCAAGAUUUCAAGGAAGUGGUUGAAGAAAAUGGGUCAUUUGCCAUAGACAAGCUUGAGGUAUUCAAAGGAGGAAGCCCACUUGUGGUGAACCAACCAGAUGAUGCCAGUGAAGUAGGAAGGGCAUUAGCCAACAGCAUUAGAACCGUGUCUGGAGUCCUUGUUGAUGCUCACAUUGGUGACAAACUCAGUGAGGAGUUGUUUCUUAGAGUGGAACAAAGAGCCACUAGUCAUGCCAAAGACCUAUUAGAGCAACUACAGUUAUUUCACAUUGUUGCAUCCCUUUCUUUGCUCAAUCAUUAG